GUUCGUUGUCGUCUGGCUGGUCCGUCUGUCUGUUGUCUUUGUUUUGUUUGUAUUGCAUCGUUUUGAUAUGUAGUCUUGAAUGUUAUUUAUGUAAAUAAAUGGCAAACUAGUAUUAUUUGAGCAGAACCUACAAUUAGUGUCUCAUAUCCACACAAUAUUAUUAUAGUUAGUUUGAAAGUGCAGAUAUUCUUUAGACAUGCCACGAACAAAAAAGCCUACAAAACACCAGGAGAAAUUAGUGGAAGAAGAUGAUACUUGGAAGAAAUUCAAUAAAUUGGUGAUAGAUCAAAAGAACAAAAUAGACCAACGUGCUAACAUGGAGCUUCGGACCUUGGAGAUCACAUUCAAGAUACUGUUAGGGUCUCUGAGUGCCAAAUAUCUUCAAAUGACCGUGGGGCAAUUGAAAAAUGAGCUCCAUCUUAAAGAAGUGACGAACACUAGAAGAACUCGCAACUCCACACGAUCAGCGUCGCAUGAUGAUGGCUACCUGACUGAGAACUCGUCACAGGGCUCCGGGGAGAGAGGAACCAAGAGGUUUGCCGUCCCGUCGACGACUAGUCGUCCGACCGGUCGCCGCUCGCGGUCGGCCGACUCGUCCGCCCGCAAGCCUCCGUCCACCAUCGCCAAGACGAUACAGCGUCGCCGCAGCCGGUCCGUGUACAAAACGCCGGCAUACAACAAGAACGCCAUGGUGAAUUACCCGGCUAUCACGCCAAAGGUGACUCCGCACACCCCGCUGACGAUCCUGAGGCAGCCACGUCAGGGCGAGAUGGUGGUUUCCAUGUCUGGAUCUCCUGUUAUGGUGCCAACCUGUUACACCAUGCAGCCAGAGGAGAAAGCCAACUGCAACAUCCUAUUACAAGACGGCACUAUGCUCUCCCUACAACCUAAACAGCUUCAACAAACCCAGGACUACAUCCCGUAUUCCCUGAUGGACAGCAAUGUGCUCAACCAACUGAAGAUACUCAGAGAAAAUCUGGACAAAGUGGUCAAGUUUGGAGAGAAGAAAGUUGUCAAGUAAAUUCGAGUAUUGCUAUGAGAAAACUUGAUUUUUUUAGUUGAAACUUAUUUGUUCCUAGAAUAACUAAUAGAUAACUUGCCCCAUUUACAACCUGCCCCAUUUCUAGAAUCAUCUACUCUACCUCGUCCCAAUUUAAGUCGACUGAAUUGGACAAGUUUUAAAUUAACAGUGUUGAUGGGACAAGUUUAGUAGGUAAGAUGUUUUAAAAGCUAAACAGCUUCAACAAACCCAGGACUUCAUCCCGUAUUCCCUGAUGGACAGCAAUGUGCUCAACCAACUGAAGAUACUCAGAGAAAAUCUGGACAAAGUGGUCAAGUUUGGAGAGAAGAAAGUUGUCAAGUAAAUUCGAGUAUUGCUAUAAGAAAACUUGAUUUUUUUAGUUGAAACUAAUUCGUUCCUAGAAUAACUAUUAGAUAACUUGCCCCAUUUACAACCUGCCCCAUUUCUAGACUCAUCUACUGUUUGCAUUUCGUCCUAUUCUUAUACUGAACUGAAUUGGACAAGUUAUAAAUUAAGUCUUGAUGGGACAAGUUUAGUGGUUAAGAUGUUUAAAAGCUAAACAGCUUCAAUAAACCCAGGACUACAUCCCGUAUUCCCUGAUGGACAGCAAUGUGCUCAACCAACUGAAGAUACUCAGAGAAAAUCUGGACAAAGUGGUCAAGUUUGGAGAGAAGAAAGUUGUCAAGUAAAUUCGUGUAUUGCUAUAAGAAAACUUGAUUUUUUUAGUUGAAACUUAUUUGUUCCUAGAAUAACUAUUACAUAACUGGCCCCAUUUACAACCUGCCCUAGUUUUAGACUGUUCCCAUACUGUUUCAAGUUAGGUCAACUGAAUGAAACAAAUUAUUAAUUGACAUAAUUUGAUGGGUAGAACACAUUUAUUAAGGUGUUUUAAAGGCAUAACAGCCUCAGCAACCCAUGAAGAUACGCAGGAAAAUACCAAAAAUAAUAAAUAUAUAAAGUCGACAAAUUUUGGGAAAAGAAUAUUGUUAAGUUAAGAAAACUUAUUUAUUUUUAAAUCGUCCCUCAUUCUAUGCUAAUUUAUUCAAGCAAGCUCCCUCUCCAUUUACAACGUGGCCCUCGUGGACUUGUUUGUUACUGUGCUUGAUUUAAUCGUAUAUGUGGCAAGUUGUCUUUAAUUCUUCCGAUCAAUAAAUUAAUGAGUUUAAAAGAAGAAGCAAAUGCCCAUUAUUUGAUUCUUUUAAAAUCUUUAAUUAUUGAAAAUGUGUGAUAGAAAAGGAACAAUUCAAGAGUAAUCUUAGUUUAGUUUGACUGAAGUUAAUGUGUGUGAAUGUUGAGUACUUGUGUAUGUAUUACCAUCAAUUAUUAAUGUUAUGGCUGUUCUAUUGUGUGUUUGUGUUUAUUAGUAUUAAAAU